AUGUGCGUAUCCUAUGUUUGCAUCCAGUCUCCUCCUCUGUAUGUGGUGGAAUGGAUUUUUUUCUCUCCCCGGCAGAAGCGGCACCGACGAGAGCUGAAGAAAAAGCUUUUUAACGCUCAGGGGGGGGGGGGGGGGGGGGGGGGGGGGGGGGGGGGGGGUGGGGGGGGGGGGGGGGGGGAGAGGGUGGGGGGGGGGGGGGGGGGGGGGGGGGGGGGGGGGGGGGGGGGGGGGGGGGGGGGGAGGGGGUCGAGGGGAGGGAAGGGGGGUGUUUGGAGGGGUGUAGGGGGGGGUGGGGGGGGGGGGGGGGGGGGGGGGGGGACGGGGGGAGGGGGGAGGAGUAGCAGGAGGGGGACGGGGGGGGGGGGGGGGGGGGGGGGGGGGGGGGGGUGGGGGGGGGGGGGGGGGGGGCGGGGGUCAAUGAAGGGAGAAACAAAAUAA